CAGGUGAGGGCCUAAGCGCUCUGACCCGCACUGAGCCCUUGAGCGCUUGUUCACCCCCAUGUGAGCUGAUGCGAGCGGUACCAGCGGUGGCAGCGCAGUGGUUAGUGGUGGCAGCUGCCCAGCCGAUACAUCAAGAAAGUCUUUCUCUUCAGAACGACUUCUGGUUCAAUCACCUUCGUGGCAUUGCUCCGGCACAUGAUCAUGUGAGUUAUGUGGGGGCUUUGAGCCAACGAGCUGGGAGCUUUGAUGCUCUGCCCAUUGCUGACUUCUACCUGCUGAUGGUCUACAGCCCCUGGUGGCAGCACUGCCGUCGUGCGGUGGUGGAAUUCAAUCGCCUCGCAGCGGUGCUGCGACCGGCAGAUUUACGGCCUCUGCUGAUGGACUGCACCAGGCCGGUGAAUGAGAAGAUGUGCAGCCGAUUUCUGGGUGACCCACGACGGCCUUUGCCACUUUGGACAGCUGGCGUUGAUGCUCACCCUGUAUACGUCUCACUCUCUGACCCUUGGCCUGCUGCUGCUAUGCCUCUUCUGGUGGUGGGAUCUCAUGAGGAGUUCCUCUCCAAGGACAACUUCGUGCGCGCGAGGCUGGCAGUGGCCAGACUGCUUCCUGGGGAGAUCACGGCGGAGACGAUGCUGCGCUGGGUGCAGCGUGCACGGCCUGAAGCUCUAGGACCUCUCACCAAAAGCCUUCCAACAGCACGACCGCCUUGGGCCACUUUCGGAAAUACUUCGAGGACCCAGGCGGAGAAGGCGGAUCUGGAUGACUUGGACGGCUGGGAUCGAUUCCAGGAAUCCGAUGUCCGAGCAGGCCUAGCCUUGUGGCUCCACGAGAUCUUUGAGAGGCAGGUCUUUGAGAUCAAGGAGGAAGAUCAUCGAGAAAGAAGGAGGAAUGCAUUGCUUACCUUUUUGGACUUGCUGUGCUCCUACUUCCCAGAUCAUCUACCAGGUCCAUCCAAGAACCCGCGGGACUGUCGCGAGUCGCUUUGCCACUUGGGAUGGUUGCUGCAGGAUCAGAAGUUUUGGUCGUCCCACAUAGAGAACAUCGAAGUGGCCGUGCAGGAGGCUCCACCUGAGGGUCGCCCAGGAGAUGAACCCCAAAAGCCCGCGGAGUUGAAGCCGAGCACGCGGCGCUUUCAGAGGCUCCGGUGGGAGAAGCUGGAACACCACUGGCAGUUGUGUGGUGAACCAUGGCCAGAGCUGGCAGCCAGAGGCUUCAGCCGCUGCCGCUCGAAGGAUCCCUUAGCCUCAGGGUUACCCUGUGGAGUUUGGGGUUUGAUGCACUCGGUGCUCACGGAGAUCGCCGAGCUGCGCCAGUGCACCAUGGCCCAUGCCGAGAAUCCGGAUGAUUGCAUCGGCCCACCCAAGAACACCACGGCCAAAGAGCUGCGGACCUUCAUGAAAGAGGAGGCACAAAACAUGAAGGUCUUGGAGGCGGAACAGCGCCGGGAGUUUCUGGAUGAAGAGCAUGCGAAGAAGCCCGUCCGCUUGCUCGCGCCGGGGGUGGGGGAGGGUUGGUGCUUGAAAACACAAGGACUCUAUGCGGGCUACACCUCAGCUCCAGGAAACAAUGUGACGGCAGUGAUGCGUCUCGAGGUGUUGAAAGGGGACGACAAGGUGGCUGGAAAGCUAAUCAGCUUCGAAGGCAAAGAGGUUGACGAAAUGGUGGAACUUCAGCUAGCAGAUGACUUCAUCCGGAAAGAUGGAGGAGCCAUCAUUGAUCGCAUCAUCAAAGGCCCCAAGGCCAUCGACGAUUUGGAGUUUCAGUUCUUUAAGUUGAGGACCGUGGAAGGCUCACCAGUGCCCUCAAAAGCAGCGCCAUGGCAGGAUAUGCUGAAAGGCUCCUUCCUGGAGCUGCCCGAGUUGGUCUUUGAAGGGCCGCGGCCGUGCCUGGGGCGUCCGCCCAAGAUUUGUCGGCAGAAAUGCUCGCGCUUCAAAUUUGAGAAGGUCAAGGACUUGGCUGAGGGAAACGUGACCUUGGGGAAGCUGGUGGAUGUCUCCGAUGCGCCCGACCAGUGUAUUGGGCGGCUCUAUCGGAGGAAGUGGUUUUUCUGGAGCGAAGAUCUUGGGAAGGGCCUUGUUCCAUGUUCAGAGGCCAGCCUCUACCAGAAUGUGGUCUUUGGCCCAGACAAUGAGACUUUUUGCCCACAAGACCGAAGCCACAGGUGCUUGGAUGUGGACUUCCGAUUGCAUUUCGAAGAUUUCCCGUUUGUGGCGGUGAAGGAGAACCGCGACAUGCGCGCCAAGAACUUCUCGCCGGCCGGCGCGUUGCAGAUCUUUCAGCGGGCUGUGCAGCUCUUCUGGCGCUGUCACGAGUGCCGCGUACGCUUUGAGGCCUACAAGCUGGACGAAGAUGAGGUGAAAGCACCCUGCCAAGCAUCGCUGUGGCUUUGGAGUGUGCACAAUGCCAUCAAUGGGAGGCUGAGUGAUGGACACUCCCAGGACAGUCCGUGGCCCGGUCCCGGCCGAAGCCCAAGCCACUGGCCACAGAGGUCCCUUUGCCCAGAUUGUUACAGCAAAGAAGGGAAGCCUAGACCCGACCGACUGUGCCACUUCCUGUGGAAUGACUUCUACAGAUCCUGGGUGAAUGUGGCGGAAAAGGUCCAUAGCACUAGCAAUUUCACAGAGAAGGAUGCUGUGGUGGAAGGGCAGGUUGGGCUGAUCCCACAACUCCAGCGCUGGCAGGUGGCUGUGAUCGGUAGCGUCAUCGUACUGGUGGCACAGGGCUUUCGAUUCCGACACGAAGGUCAGCACCGCUCGAGGAGCGGCUGGCAUUUGCUGAGCACCGAGGAAUCUUGAGGCUUGAGGAGCGAACUCCAUGUUCCAAGCCGCGCAGCAUCGCGCCGUGCCCCGAGUGGCUCGCGAACUCCGCUCUGCCGCCGUUGGGCGCGCCGGUCAUGGAGGGAGACCACCUCCAACUGCGCGCUGUCCAGGGUGUCACGGGCGUCAACUGGGGCAGGGCUCGACCUGCGCCCUGCACAGCAACUACAGGCCUGCGCAAGACACGGAGGGUAGGUGCUUGGAGAAGAGCGUGGUGGCGAAGUUGAGGGCCAAGUGAGGCCUUCACUUCUGAGAGCUUCCUGCCACCGCCCUCCUGGACGAAAUCUGCUAGCAGUUGGAAGGAGUCUCAAAGAUUCCACAGAGAGAUGCCGUGAGAUGCUUCAAAAAAGGCGUCAAACAGUGCGCUGCGAUGAUUUGCUAGCUGCUAUACCUCAAUAGGCCAAGUGGAAUGAAUCUUUGCAGCCAAGUUCCACCACCAAGUAUGGCUAGAAUACCAGAGCCACUCAUUAGACACUCAGCAGACUGGC